AUGGCGUUGUCUUGUAAGGGUGUAUACUUUUCCUGCCGCUUCUUUGGGGUGCCCACAGGCCCGGCUGCUGUCGCAGAGUCUUGUGCCCUUGUGCCCUUGUGCGUGUUUGGGGCAGGUUGCGGCCCCCGACCAGCCGCGCGAGCUGUGGCGCUGCUGGCAGCCGACGUGCUGCAACGCGGCGUGCCCAGGGCUGCCUGCGUCGAGGGCUCCCUCACGUUGCCAGAGCAGACCCAAGGGGGAGAACGGGUGGUGCUCAGUCCUGCUGCUCUUCAGUCAGCUCUGAAAGGGGGAGUCACUUGCCGUGUUUGGCUGCAGUUCCACCAGCGCCUCCUGCUCCGCUGGAGAGGCCGGGGGCUGGUGCUGCAGAGCCACGCAAUGUGCAGCAUUUCCGUGCGCUGCUCGUUUUCCAUCUCAGGGGAAUCAUUUCCUCACAACGGGCUCUUCAAAAGUGCUAAAGAGAAGCAUGUGUGUGUGCGCUGUAGAGGAGAACUCGCAGCCAGACGGCGCCGCUUUGUCCCGCUCCGUCAAGAAAGCGCGGAGGUGGCGUCGGAUGCCUCCGAGGUCAGCGUCGUGCUGCAGGGCGAGAAGGUUUUCGGGUGGAAGUGGUGGGUGGAGGGGGCCGUCGCUUCCAACGGGGCCUCAAGGGUUUUAGGGCUGCUGGUGUGGACCCUAGUUGCUGGAACAGAAUACUUCCUAUACCCAGCCUUUGGCUGGGUGAUGUUUGUAGCUGUCUUCUACUGGGUUCUCACCGUCUUCUUCCUGAUCAUCUACAUGACAAUGACCUACACCAGGAUCCCCCAAGUGCCAUGGACCACGGUGGGUCUGUGUUUUAAUGGGAGUGCCUUCAUUUUGUACCUCAUUGCUGCCAUUGUAGAUGCAUCGUCAGUCACCAAGGACCUGGACAGUCACAAUUACAACAGCUGGGCAGCUUCUUCCUUCUUUGCCUUCCUGGUUACCUCCUGCUAUGCUGGGAAUACCUAUUUUAGCUUUAUAUCUUGGCGAUCACGAACUUUGCAGUAAAUAUUUACCUACAGUGUGCUUUGUAUUCUAAAAUACCUUGAGGAUUGUGCUCAUGACGGAAGUCUGGAAGAGGGGUGAGGUCUUUUGGGAUAUUUCUAUUAAAACUGACAUAAUGUAUUUUA